AUGUCAGGUUAUGUGACUGUUAAUCGUCUUUCACUCGUUCAAUUACAUAGUGAAGAACGUAAACAACAAGCUCAUUUAAAAAAAAUAGCUGAAAUGCAACGUCGCUGUGGUAUAGAUAAUAGUGAACCUACAUAUUUUCCUCAUCUAAAUAAUGGUUUGAAUAAACAACAAAAGCAAAAAUAUAGAGAUAUUUCCAACGAAAAUUAUGUUAAAUCAAAAAAAUUAAUCGACAUUAUGCAAUCAAAAGCAGUUUAUCCACCAACACCACCAUUUCAUCCUACGAAACCAAAUCGCCGUCGUCCAACAUUAACUUCAUCACAAAGUAAUGCAGAUUAUCUUGAAAGAAUUUCAAAAGUAAAAGGUAUCUAUAACAUACGUAAAUGGGAACAAGGAUUUGAAGAACAUAAAGAACAUUUAAAAAUAAGUAAAAAUAAUAAAUUAUUUACACCACGUGAUAUUGGUGUUAAUCAACAACGAAUUAAAAUUAAUUCAGUAGCAAAUAGCAGACGAUCAACAGUUUCAUCAUCGACAAAUAACCUGCAUCAUUCAUUUAACAAUCAUGAUUAA